AUGGCAAUUUAUUUGCACCUAGUCCGUCACGCCCAGGGUGUUCAUAAUACUUGUACCGAAAAUUUACAAAUACGCGACCCUGGGCUGACUUUGAUGGGAGAGGCUCAGUGCCACAGGCUCUGCCAGGAGUUUCCUCACCAUGCUGCAAUUACACACCUGGUUGCGUCGCCAAUGCGCCGUACAUUGCAGACUUGUCUUCUAUCAUUUGCACCGGCAGUAGUCUCUGGGAUCCCUGUGACUGCUUUACCGGAAAUCCAGGAAGUGUUGACUUUGCCGUGCGAUACUGGGAGUAGCCCCGCAUUGCUCUCCAGCGAGCCACCAUUCCAUGGCAAGAUCGAUUUCAGCAAAGUCGGAGAUCAAUGGAAUGACAAGUCCCGCGGAGCACUAUGGGAACCAAGGGUUGAUCGUAUUGAGGUGAGGGCCGCUAGGGCGCGGCGCUGGUUGCGCCACAUAGCUCGCGAAUCUGCCAUGUCAACAUACAACGACAUCCAUAUUGUGGUUGUAUCUCAUGGUGCCAUGCUUCAUUACAUAAGUCAAGACUGGUCAGGAAUGGAGGGUGGAUGGACGAACUGGGAGAACGCCGAAUGGCGUACCUACGAAUUUUCAGACGUAUUUGGAGAUGACGAUAGUGCUGAUAUUCAUGAGACGGAGGCAAGUUGGAAUUCUCGGAAUCAUGGCACGACUCGAUUAACAGCGGCGGAGCAAUUGCUAUUGAAAGUCGAAAUACAAAAGAGACUUCAACCCCAAUAUGAUGCGAUUGCAGCCAAGCAACGCUCCACGGUGGUGGGCGAUGUUAACUGA